AUGGCACCUAAAAGAUCAACAGACGAAGCUCAGCAUGAUCACCCAGAAACACAAGCCAAGAAGGCCAAAAAAGGUUUUUCCGUAGGACCAGCCACACUACCCGAUGGCACAUAUCGUCGCAAGGUCCAAAAGAUCAAGCAAGAUCUCAUUCGGAAAGCCAAGGUCAAGAAAUCCUACAGCAAGCUCAAAGAACGAGAACCAGUUGACACAAAACCUUCCGUCUACACCUUGACCCCUCCUCCAGAAGAACCCUCUGCAUCGCUAGAGCUGCACCCUGAGAGACAGGCUAUGUUGGAUGAGCCUGAGCCUGCGCCACGGGAACAGAUAGAUACACAACAGCAGGUGCUGCGAGGGAGGAAACCACCACGCCCAAAGUCGGUGCCUUUCCGAAAAGAAGCCCUCCUGGCCCAGCAACGCAGAGAAGAGAACGAAAGGCGUCAGAAGGAAUUUGAGGAAAUCCGUCGGCAGCGGCAGGCGAAGAUCGAGGAGAGGGAGAGGUUCCGCAAGGCCAUGGCUAAAGCAAGAUCUGGAGGCAGAGAUGGGCAGAGGAAGCUUGGGCGCGAGAGCAAGGUUCUGCUGGAGAAAGUGCAGAGGAUAAUGGGACCUUGA